AUGAUGCUCGUAACAGCUACAGCUCUACUGGCGGCUGUAAGCCAGGUUGCUGCAGGAACUGUUGCUACUAGCAGCGUUCCAGGAAAGGCGUUUGACCGCAUCGCCAUCAUUUUCUUUGAGAACCAGGACUAUGACAAGUCGUAUGGUGACUCCAACUUCAAAUGGUUUCGACAGAGAGGCAUCUCACUGACCAACUACGUGGCUGCCACUCAUCCAUCCAUGGGUAACUACAUGGCCAGUAUCACUGGUGACUAUUUUGGCAUGGACGACGAUGACGACGACAUGAUUGCACCUCGCAAUGUGUCCACCGUCAUUGACCUUCUUGAGUCUAAGAAUAUCUCUUGGGCGCACUAUAUGGAAGAUAUGCCAUAUACCGGCUUCCAAGGCGGGGAGUACCACAAUCCUAAAAACGGAAGAAACGACUAUGUGCGCAAACAUAAUCCUGCCAUCCUACACGAGAGUGUCACCAAGGUCCCCUCGCGGCUGGCCCAAGUCAAAAACAUGUCCCUGACUGAUACGCGCCGCUCCGAGUUCCAUAAGGACCUGCAAGCGAAUAAGCUGCCCCAGUGGUUCUUCAUCACCCCCAACAUGACUUCGGAUGGGCAUGACACAGAUGUGAGGACAUCGGGUCGCUGGUGUCGCUACUUCCUGGAGCCUCUCUUAAAGAACCCAAACUUCACAAAUAAUACGCUAGUUCUCAUCACCUGGGAUGAGACUGACACAUAUGAGGGACGGAAUAAAGUUCUGGGAAUCUUGCUUGGGGACGUCAUUCCCUCAGAGUUGAUUGGCACUUCGGAUAACAACUUCUACAACCACUACUCCCAAAUUGCCACCGUUUCAGCAAACUGGGGAUUACCAACCCUUGGCCGUUGGGACGUGGGGGCGAAUGUCUUCAAGUGGAUUGCCGAUAAAACGGGCGAUAAACUCAGGGCGUGGGAUUCCAACUCCGAGUUCAAGCGAUACCUCUGGAACGGGUCCUACGCGGGCUACUUUCACUCUCACAGCAAGAAUAAGCAAAUCCCGAAGCCUAACCUUGACCUCAACAACCCUGUGUCUGGACGCCCAAUCUUGCAAUCUAUCAGAGAUACUUGGGCUAACAGUAAGGCGCCUACAUACUACAAGGACUCGAUCAAGGUUGCGGAUGACCGUAAUCCUCCACCGGGAUAUAAGCCGUGA